ACAUGCUUGACGUGUGAUGUUGACACUGACAGUUUAGAUAAAUCCUGCUUGUCUCGAGAUUUCGUGACAUCAUUAAAACUCAUUAAAACUCAUGCAUUAAAUGUAGCUGUACUACUGUUGCGUUAGUGUGUGCAAAGUGUGAGUGAGAAGUUCGUGUCGGUCGGAUAACGUCCCCCAGUCGUCCACUCGACAUACGAGAUUUGAGAACCAAGAACGUGUGGCCGGCACGCAUAACCGUGGAAAAAAAGGUUUGCUCAUACGCAGCGUUAGAUUCAAUAAAGUGUUAUAAGUAGUAGUUAAUCAAAACAUAUAUAAAAUGUCUAACCAUGUCGAGGAAAACAGCACAGAAAAUGUGGUCAGGAAGUUUUUUAACCUCAAGGAAAUGCCGCACAUUGUGAAACCCCUUGACAGAAACCAGAAAAUCCAUCCUCAUAUAUUAAACGCUAUUGGUAAUACUCCUUUAGUGAAACUCAGUAACAUACCUAAAGAAGAAGGCAUAAAAUGUGACAUGUAUGCAAAAUGCGAGUUCUUAAACCCUGGUGGUUCAGUAAAGGAUCGCAUAGCUUACCGUAUGGUCCUUGAUGCUGAAGAGAGGGGCAUACUGAAGCCUGGCAAGUCUGUUAUUGUGGAGCCUACGUCUGGUAACACUGGUAUUGGGCUAGCCCUGGCCUCAGCUGUCAGAGGUUACAGAUGUAUUAUAGUAUUACCAGAAAAAAUGUCUGAUGAGAAGGUGAACACUUUAAUAGCACUAGGAGCUGAGAUUAUCAGAACACCCACAGAAGCAGCUUGGAAUGAUCCCACCAGCAACUUGAUGGUAGCUCGCAGGCUGUCCAAAGAGAUCCCUAAUGCGGUCAUGCUGGACCAGUACAAUAACCCUUGCAACCCGCUUGCUCACUACGACGGCACGGCUGAAGAAAUCCUGUGGUCUUUAGAUGAUGACGUGGAUAUGGUGGUAAUGGGUGCAGGUACUAGUGGUACUGUCUCAGGAGUCGGUCAUAAGAUCAAGGAACGCUGUCCCAAGUGCAUUGUGGUCGGCGUCGACCCCUACGGAUCUAUACUUGCUCAACCCGAAGAGUUGAAUAAGACAGACGUGCAGAUUUAUGAGGUUGAAGGCAUCGGAUACGAUUUUCUUCCGGCCUCACUCGACAGAGGUGUCAUUGACAAAUGGAUCAAAUCCGAAGACCACGCCUCGUUGGCAAUGGCCCGAAGACUUAUCAAAGAUGAAGGAUUACUCUGUGGUGGUAGCAGUGGUUCUGCGAUGUGGGGCGCUGUCCAGGCAGCUAAGUCGUUGAAAGAAGGUCAGAAAUGUGUGGUACUGUUACCCGACAACAUUCGCAACUACAUGACCAAGUUCAUAUCCGACCAAUGGAUGGAGGCCAGGAACUUCCAGCCUUUAGUCAUGAAAGAACAUCUUCCAUGGUGGGGCAAAACAGUGACGGAAGAUAUGGUACAGAGCAUCGAGAGUGUAUCACAUAACAGUUCGCCUUCGGAAGCAUUCGCCACUCUCAAGAAAAGCGGCGCACCAGUGUUGACCGUUGUUAAUGAAAAAGGAUCUGUGAUUGGCUUGUUCACGGCGGACAAUGCACGAAAGAGGCUGGUUAACCUGUCGGGCUCCUUCGCAGAAAGUCUCGAAAAAUUUACAGUGAAAAAGUUCUACAAAGUGGAUCUCACUCACAAGCCCACUCUAGGAUUGGUGUCGCGGAUGCUCGACAUUGCUCCUCACGUAGUUGUUGUUAAAACAGAUGCAUCUACACAUAUCGAGACCCCAGUUGGACUGUUCACCUCAGAGAACCUGCUGACGAGUAUCUCUACAGAAUCCAAAAUUGUAAAUGGAAGCUAAAGCUUGUGUCAAGUUUUAUUGUUACAAGUUUUUAUUGGCUAAGAUUUACUUACAAAAAACCAGUGAAAAUGUGUAAAAUAUUGUAAAUACUUAUGGGAUGGAGCUUGGACAAUCAGGUUUAUCAACAUUUCAAUCAGCAUCUACAUGAUUCUCUUCAGAAAUCUGCACUGCGACUCUGUUGACACAUUACCCCCAAUACAAAAAUAUACUUAAAAGACAUUUUUUAUGACGUAUGUGCUAAUUAUAGACAGUAUUAAAUAAUAUUCAAGUAGAACAAACUGAAAGUUAUCAAAACAUUAAAAUUCUAAUGUGAAUUCUUUCUGCAAAGGUGCUGGCACAGACCCUAAUACAAUCAAUAUUGUAAGAGUAAUGCAUUUGAUAAAUUAUUGAGACAAAUGUAAGGUGAAAGAAACAUUAUUAUAAGAAGUAAUAUUUUCUUAUUCUGGUAAUAAAUAUGUUUAUUAAUGCAUUUUUUGUUUUAUUUGUAUAAAAAAAACAAUGAGCUAGGUACAUUCUGAUUCAGACAUAACCAAUGACAAUAAGAGAAAUGAAUAAAGCAUUUUAAGUUUCACUCUUAUAUUGAUACUGUUUAUGGAGAUGGAGUUGACUGUUUUGCAUUGGCUGCAAGAAUAGCUCCAGGCGCAGGAUAAGGUCUCAUUUGGUACAAUGAUCCAGUUGCAGUUGAAUCUACUCCAGUCUUGGCAUGGGUGUCAAGUCCAGAAGUCCAGCUACCCCUAGCUAUAUCAGAAUAAGCAGCAGGGUCCAUUGGAUCCAAGUCAUUAUCCUUAACCCUUUGUCUUUUAUUUCUGUGAUGCACUAAAUCCUUGUCCUUCUCCCUCCGUUCAUGUUUCUUUUCUUUGUGCACUUGUUGUGGGACUUCCUGAUCAGAAGCUUCACUGCUAUCGUCACUUUCAUCACCUUCCUUCAACAGUCGCUCUUCUCUUAAGUGUGCAGCACUCUCGGUAGGGACAGCACGUGGAUGAGCAGGAGGUAACCAGCAAACUAAAUUAUUGUGAACAUUCCAAAAGUAAUGCUGCCCAAAACCUUCAUCAUAGACUUCUUCCCAGCCGGGUGGCAAAGGCCAUAUUUCUAAAGCUUUCUUCUUGUAUUCCAAAUAAUUCUCGCGGGGAACAGUUUUUCCUGCUUUCCAUCUUUUUACGCAGUACUUGGAACAUUCGUGGUAGAUAUUACUUUUAUUCGGGCAACCCUUAUGACCCUUUAUAGGAUCAACGUUAACACCUUCAAUGCCUUCCCAGAAGUGUUCCUUAGCCCGAUCGUCAAGUUUACUAUCAUAAUCUUCUGCUAUGAUCUCUUCGUUGGUUUGAGUCUGAGGAACUUCAGCGUUCUGUACUGGUUCGGGAGUAGCUUUUAUUAUACCUCGCUUAGCCAGCCGCGCAGCUAAGGCUGGUGGGAGAGGCAUUGCUCAUGAAAUAAAUGAAGAAACACGACAAAGAAAUCGUUAUCACCACUGACAAACCACAAAAACAAAAUGAAAUUUACCGGUGAUCACUAGAAAAACUGUUCAUAAGAUUUCAGACGUAGUCACCACAUUAUUACUGUUUAUAUUU